AUGGAUUCUUCUCGUCAAGGUUCACCUCAGCUACCGCCUCCGACCCUCGACCUUUCCCUCGGCUUAGCUUCCUCCGAUCCAUUCUCCAGCACUCACGGCACGAGGGACGUGAGGCUCUUCCCUUGCCUCUUCUGCAACAAGAAGUUCCUCAAGUCGCAGGCGCUCGGAGGACAUCAGAACGCGCACAAGAAAGAGAGAAGCGUCGGCUGCACCUCCCAAACCUAUCUUCCGCCUAAGAACGACGUUGCUGAUGAUCACGACUCGGAUCCAUCUCGGUUCUCCGCCGCACCGCGUGGUGAUCACUUGGAGAGCUUCAGGUCCUACGCUGUCCCAUGGACUGUAAGCAGCAGGAGGGCAGUAUACGCUACCGGAUGCCCCUCCUCCUCCAGCAGUAGGCACAGAGGCCCCCACCAAGCUCAUCAGGCACUGCUACUGGACUUUCUAGGUCAUUCCGACGGCAGUACUGUAGGUUUUGCUUCAGCCGCUGGUGGCGGUGAAGACAUGGCCAACGUUGAUCUCUCCUUGAGGCUCUAG